GGGGUGAAUUUUCAGCAGAACGGUGAAUGUCCAGUGUGCAGGACAAUUGAGUAAGAAAGCAACAAUCAUUAUCGCCAAUAAAUUUGAAAAAUCAUACUCAGUGUGGUGUAUGAUCGAAUGGAAUAGGGCAUAGUCGAAAGAAUGAAACCCUCGAAAUACGGGCACUCACCUUGUCCGGUGCGGGACCGUCCAGGGAAUCAAUACCAUUGGGCCAUCACGAAGAAAAUCUUGUUUGAAAAUGUUACCACCGAAGCCCUGGGCAGCAAGUGUCGAGACCAGAGAGGAGCACAUGGGUUAAGCUGGGAUUUGGGGUGACUUCAAGGGCAUCUCGUCCGAGGUGAUUGGCAAAGGCUGGCCUAGAGCGGAUACUAUCUGUGGGAGUGUCUGUUUGAAGAGUAUGGUUCCCCAUAGUAAUCUUAUUUUCCACAUUUCGAAAGACUUGUCAGAGCC